AUGUCCUAUUUCCCAUUUAUCCAUCUCAUACCCACAUGCCCAUCUACUUUUGUCUUCUUUGAGGGCUUUUCUCUGCUUUUCCUUUAUCAUCAUUGCUGGUUUUUUUCCCCUUUUCUUUUCACACAAUCAUUUCUUCAUGAACUUCAGUAUUUGUUGCACCCAAGAAUUUUUUAAAGUAAAUGUGUGACUAGUUCAUCAAAGCUCAGGCAUAUGCUCCAAUGCUUGAACUUUUGGGUUUUGUUGCUUCUGUCUUGAAAUCCCCCUAAUGCAAAUUGUCUUAAUUACAGUUGGAUGGUUAUGUUUGAAAAUGACCGGUAGCUGUGUCUUCAUGAGUUUCUUUGUCCUUAUUAGCCUUCACAGUUGUUUCAGAAAUUGCUGGGUAUGGUUAAUGAUUUCAAGAUGUGUGACUCAGUUGUUGUGCAAUCUGCCUCAGACCGAAAUGAUUCCAGCAACAAAUGUUCACCUUCUGGUGCGAGUUAUUGUAGUUCAGCAACUCUCUAUGAUUUUGAGGGCAAUUUUCAGAACAAUCACUCCUCCUUCGAGGUGAGCAAUAUUGGUGAAGAAGCUGAGAGACUCGGCUCAAGCAAUAAACAGAAUGGUGCUUGUCCUUAUAGGUUCCAACUUGAACAGGACGUAGAAAGAUUACAGAGGCAACUUCAAGAAGAGAUGGAACUCCAUGCUAUUCUGGAAAAUGCAAUUGAGAAAAACACUGGAGACUUAUCUAGUUCAUCAUGCCUCCCUCACAAUGCUCAGGUUCUCUUGGCUAAUAUUUCAGUAUUGGAGCUCACAGUUUCAAAACUUGAGCAAGAGAUGGUGUCUUUGCAUUUUAAGCUUAGUCAAGAAAGAAAUGAACGAAGACUUGCAGAAUACCGGAUGCGACAUUCAUCUUCUUUUUCAUUAUCGCGUUGCUCCCCUGACAACAUGAAAGCAUCUAAAUCAUCAUCAUUGAGGUGUUUAAAGCAUUCCAUUUCUGAGCUGCAUCAUUCCUAUGAACAUGGCUCAUGCCAGGAGCUAAGAGAUCAACCACCGGCAUCUACUAGCAAAUCAUGCAGCGCAUACUCAAUGGUAGAGAAUGCAGAGAACUCAGUAGCAGUUUUCCCCGAGGAUAUAAUAUCCAUUAAAACAGAUACCAAAUGUUAUCAACCUGUAGACUUUGGGAAACUUACCAAGGGGAUGCCUCCUAAGGGUCUAUGGGAGCACCCUAAUCAACUAUCAGAAGAGAUGGUACGAUGCAUGAAAAAUAUAUUCAUAUCUCUGGCUGAGUCUGCUAUACCAUCCAAACCAUCUGCAGUGGAGAGUCACUGCUCUUCCUUGUCACCUCGUGGACAUCUUUCAAAUUCAUCUUUGUGGUCAUCAUCUGAGCGCUCAAUCAUUUCAUCAUGGGUACAGAGCCCACAAGUUGAUGUACAAGGUCACUCUGAAGUUUUAGCCACAGAGAAUGUCUGUGAUCCCUAUAAAGUGCGUGGAAAAUUAAGUUGGGCAGACAUUGGAACAUAUGGUUUAGCAACUGAGGUUUCUUGGAUGUCUGUUGGGAAGAAGCAACUAGAAUAUGCUUCUGGGGCACUACGGAGGUUCAGAACACUAGUUGAGCAGCUGGCGAAAGUGAACCCUAUCCAAUUGAGCUGCAAUGAGAAGCUGGCUUUCUGGAUCAACUUAUAUAAUGCACUCAUAAUGCAUGCGUACUUGGCAUAUGGAGUCCCAAGAAGUGACCUGAAGCUCUUUUCUUUGAUGCAAAAGGCGGCUUACACUGUUGGGGGGCAUUCUUUCAGUGCAGCUGCUAUCGAGUAUGUGAUUCUGAAGAUGAAACCACCUGUCCAUCGGCCACAAAUUGCUUUGCUACUUGCCCUUCACAAACUGAAGGUGUCAGAGGAGCUACGGAAGUCUGCAAUUGAUACGUGUGAACCUCUUGUAGCUUUUGCUCUCAGCUGUGGGAUGUAUUCGUCACCAGCAAUAAGGAUCUACACAGCAAAGAAAGUGAGGGAGGAGCUUCAGGAAGCUCAGCGCGAUUUUAUUCGGGCCUCAGUGGGGUUGAGCAGCAAAGGGAGGUUAUUGGUGCCAAAGAUGCUGCACUGCUUUGCAAAAGGCUUUGUGGAUGAUGCAAAACUGGCUGUAUGGAUAUCACAUUACCUUCCACCCCACCAGGCUGCCUUUGUUGAGCAGUGCAUUUCACGGAGGCGACAAAGCCUUCUUGGUUCACGUAACUGUGGGAUUCUUCCCUUUGAUUCUCACUUCCGUUACCUGUUCCUGCCUGACCAACUUUCACUCUAAUGGUGCUUGUUUUACACUAAAUAUGCAGCCUUAGGCCAAUUUCCACCUUGGAAAUGACUUGAGGAUGGUUGCAGUUUUGGUGUUUUUGCCUUGUAGACCAGUUGUAUCCCUGUUGGGUGUUGUAUAUGUUGUUGAUGGACAGCAGGAGCUCAAGUAUGGGGCUCACUGCAGGUAACUGACAUGUACUAGCUUCAUUUAACAAACUGUUAAUAAAGAAUUAAUGAAGAUUUGUUCUAUUGCCUACUGA